ACUAGACGCGUCACUGCGAGGGAGGUCUCAGUAAGUUUGGAAUGUUUUGGUACCGAGAUCUCUCGGAAUUCUGCGCACUACCGAACUUAUAAAGAGUUCUCUUCUCUCGUGUGCGCAACAUCCGUGAACUGACUAGCAGGUAACCAACAACCGCGCGGCCUACUUUUACCCAAGGCUCCCAAGCUCAGUACGACCAACUUGCGGUCCCCACCGUCACCAUGACUUUUACCAACACCGUUACGAGCCUCGUCACCUAUGUAUUUGCCAACCUCACACCUUAUCACUUGCUGUUCUAUUCCACUCUCCUGGGCACCGAGCUCUACCAAACCUUCGUCAACACUAAGAUCUGCUACAUUGCCUUGCCCCGAUCAGCCUUCACGACCCUCCAGAAGCGCCUCUUCCCCAUCUACUUCCGCGGCCAGACAAUAUUGCUUCUGCUUACCGCCGUAACACUCCCUCCGCACGGCCUAUUUUCCCUGGUGGAGCACAAAGCGGACUGGAUCCCGUUUACCCUGGCGGGCGUCACGGCGGUGCUCAAUCUUGUAGUGUACGGGCCAAGGACGCAGAAGGCCAUGGUUGACUGCAUUCAUCAAGAGACACGAGAUGCAAAGCUCAGACUCAACGGCAACUUAGGCGAGGACACGCCGUCUCCCGAGAUGCAGCGUCUUAGAAGGAUCUUCUCCAGAGACCAUGCAAUGUCGAUCCACCUGAACUUGAUCUCGAUUGGGGCAAUGGUGUUUUAUAGCUGGAGGUUUGCAUCUCGGUUGUUUGUUGACUCCGAGUAGGAACGGCCCGGCUACUGCCGUACUUGAGGUAUCCGCUAAUAAGCACGAAGGAUUUCGGAAGUUCAGGGUUUUGGCUAGCAAUGAAACAAGUACGUUGU